GAAAUGAGAAAGGCCCCGGGUGGCAGCAGCAAUAAAGAAUGCUAGCUGCCCUAACCUCAAAGAAGAAGAAAAGGUAGCGACAUGUGAUGACGUCGUUAGAGCGCGCCGAAGAAGCUAUCAGUCCGGUUAGCGACGUUAGCUCCAUGGCUGUAUUAUGGUUAGCUCCCCUGUGAAAUGAGACUAUUGAUAAGUUCGCGCUUCUUGUUGGGUGUUUUCUCGUCUUAGAUGGUCCACCAACCAGCCCGGUGCCGAGUAGUAGUUUGCUCCAGUCUCAACCGGCAGUCGUUAUGGCAGCGGAGGGGGAUCUACCAGCAGACCUUCUGACAGAGGAGGUGAAACACAGCAGCGGGGACUUCGUUCCCCCGGACGGGCUGUGCUGGGUGUCCGUGCUGUCCUGUCUGCUGCUGGCGUGCUCCUAUGUGGGCAGUCUGUACGUGUGGAGGAGUGAUCUGCCCAGGGAUCACCCCGCUGUGAUAAAGAGACGCUUCACCAGCGUGCUCAUCGUCUCCGGCCUGUCUCCUCUCUUUGUGUGGACUUGGAGACAGCUCACAGGAGUCAGGACCGGCCCAGCGCUGCUCUCGCUGAUGGGGAUCCGCUUCGAAGGCCUCAUUCCUGCCAUCAUUCUCCCUCUGAUGCUCACCAUGGUGCUGUUCCUGGGCCCGCUCAUGCAGCUGGCGAUGGACUGUCCCUGGAGCUUCAUGGACGGGUUCCGGGUGGCCAUAGACCCCUGGUUCUGGUCGAUGUGUUUCAGUGACAUGCGCUGGCUGAGGAACCAGGUGGUGGCCCCCCUCACAGAGGAGCUGGUGUUCAGGGCCUGCAUGCUGCCCAUGCUGGUGCCCUGCGCCGGGCCCCUCACCGCCAUCUUCACCUGCCCCCUGUUCUUCGGAGUGGCUCACUUCCACCAUGUGAUCGAGCUGCUGAGGUUCAGACAGGGGACGCUGUCCGGGAUCUUCCUCUCUGCAGUGUUCCAGUUCUCCUACACAGCCGUGUUCGGGGCCUACACCGCCUUCAUCUUCAUCAGAACAGGUCACCUGAUUGGCCCGGUGCUCUGCCACUCCUUCUGUAACUACAUGGGUUUCCCCGCCAUCAGCACGGCGAUGGAGCACCCUCACCGCCUCACCGUUCUCUCCUCCUACCUGAUGGGGGUGCUCCUCUUCUUCCUCUUCCUCUUCCCCUUCACUGACCCCGCCUACUACGGCCUGCCCACCCCCGUGUGCACCCUCACCUCCUCCCCGAGCUCCCUCUGCCUCUCCUGAUCCCUGCCCCCCCCCCCCAACUUUGUUGCUGAGUUACAGUUCAGGUGAGAUUGAGGGUUAAGUUGCCAUGGAGAGUCUGGAAAUAUGUGGUCUAUGGCCUCCUGAUAUGUCGGUGCAUAUUAAUUAAAUAUGAGUCAGCUGAAGCUCUUCUGAGAAGGGGGGGUUCAUGUGUGUUACUGUAGUCUCUGUCCCUGAUCUUAAUGUAGCGCUAACACUGAAGGACACUUCCCCCUCAGAUCCUCUCGUACUGAUGGAUCUCCUCUGUUUGUGACGAUCAUAAUAUUCCAUUUUGAAUAUUAAUCUUCCACUCGUAGUCCGUUUGCCAGCUCGUAGAAUCCCAGUGAAACCAGAAAUGAUGAGUACCCCAAACUUCUAUCUUAAAAUGUAUAGUAGGGGUCUCCAGUACAUACAACUGCAGGAUGAUAACUUGCCAAUAUGUGUACUCUGUGGACUGAUUUUGAUAUAUUUUGGGACAAUUUCUGGUUGAAACUGCCAUUUUUGAUCCUGAAAAUGAUCCAAGCCAUUGUUCACUAUUGUCCACAUAGGCUAUAAUGCUAAUGAAUGCUAAUGAAUGCAACUUGUGCUAAUUGUGCAAAUAUCCCAACAUAUGCAGGUUAGCAUCCGUCAGUUUGUGGUGGACAACACUGACAACUAGCUUAUCAGCCUCAGCCGUCUUUUGAAAGGAUAAUUCUUGUUUAUUACAACGUGGUCUUAUUUUCACAAUCCAUUUCCAUCACUUAUAAAUUGACCAAGUUAAUGCAGAGAUUUAGAAACAAAGGUGCAUAACAGCGAAGGGCAGGUGUAUAGAACAUUCCUAGGGAACAGUAAAACAUGUAAAGGGGAAAGUUGAGGUAUAUCCAUAUUUACUUGUUUGAGCUGAGGCUUGCUAGUUCUCACUUUUUAAAAUCUCAGUUGGGACAGUGAUGAACCUUGAUCCGUGUCUCAAAUAAUGCCGUGUUGGGUCCUUGAAUGUGAGAGAAUUAGGAUGGGAACCGUAAAAUGAUCACCCAUAAUCAAUCCACUUCCUGGGUAACCUUUGAGCUACUGGACUUCUGCUAGGUUUCUGUAUACAUGAGGGCUGCAGCUGCUGAGUCUUUGAAACAUUCAGUAUGCUAUUGAAGGAUUCCUGCCAUCCUGUUAUUCAUUAUGGACGCACAUCUAAACUGCUGGAAAAAAGCAUUCUAUGUAUCCAGAUAUUCUUCUGGUUUGUUCCUGAGCCAUCAGAUAAUCUGACUGUUCGUGGUUCAAAUAGAUACAUGAUGGCAAAGACGAUGAAAGUAAGACCUUGGUUGUAGAGUUCUGCUGCCCGUUGAGUUUUGAAAAGGUUUAGGGUUUUUAGACGCGUUUGGAUCAUUUGGGUGCCUAAGGUUUAGGUUUUAAAUUGGGCAGUACUAGUUGGGUUUAGUUGAAUCUGAAAGAUUGGGCUUGUUUAGCCCGUACAGAACUAUUAUCAAGGUUUGAUAAACCUGAAUUAUCCUUAAUUCUUUGAGCAUCUCUUGAGCGAGACUUGGAUAUAUCCUUUUUUUUUUCGAGUCACAGCCCUUACAAAAUCGUUGUUGCUGCACUGCAUUGUGGUCCAAAGAGGCUCAUAGACAUGUUGGAUCCUCUCCUGGUUGGGUUCCUCUCUGAAUGAUUGUCAAACAGCUGUAGCUGCACUGGAGUUCAGGAAUGUAGAAGAUCACCGUUAGUUGUUUUAAUUGUACACACUCGUUCUUCUUAACCGUGUCAUUUCUUUCCUGUCCAGCCUCUCUACAGCGGCUCUCUGCUGCUGUAGAGAGGCUGGAUGGGUCAGUGUUUGCUAUAAAUGUUAUUUAUAUGCAUGUUUCAGUGCUGGUAGUUGUUGUUCUGUUGGUGAAGGGGGGGUGAUGGGUUCACUGUCCAUGUUGACUGAAACAUACUCUGUGUGAGCCACAAACACAAGACUACCAGGAAGUUGUACUUAUGUCCUCUGGGAGGUGAGACAUUCCUCAAGUAGAGUUUGCUUUUGCCUUGUUGAGUUCAACUCUUUAAUGCCGUUUUCUUUGGCUCCUGAAACCUGUCAGUCAAACUCUGUGGCAGAUGUAACACCCAGAAGGACUUUUCCAUAUGAAUCAUAAAGCCGUUAAACUCCCUGUACUGUAGCAGAUUGUUAGAAAGUGGACAUGUUUGAAAACACUUUAGAUAGUUGUGUUCUAUCACAUCAAAAUAACAAUGCAAUGGAACAGAAACAGUUUAAACAAUGAUGUUCUUUAAAUGCUAGUUCUUAGAUCUGUCUGGCCAGAACGUUUUGAAAAUGUAAAAUGCGUUACCCAGCAAACUAGCUGCUUUUUGGUGUACAGUACAUACACUUUAUUCCCAUCCUUGGUCGCACAAACCAACACAAAUUCAACUUUCUCUUGUUCAGUCAAAUCCAAAAAAACAGACAACCUUUAUUUGUGUGUGUGUGUGUGUGUGUGUGUGUGUGUGUGUGUGUGUGUGUGUGUGUGUGUGUGUGUGUGUGUGUGUGUGUGUGUGUGUGUGUGUGUGUG